UAAAUGUGAACAAACUCGAGGCAGUAGCAUCUACACAGCUCAGUGAAGUACUGAAAAAAAAAUUAUACUUUUUUUUACAAGUUUUUAAAAUUUUUCCACAUCAACUCUAUUGAACCAAAUCAAACGCAUAAAACAGUAAAUUUUACCAUAUUUCAAAAUUUACCACACAAAAAAUAUUUCUAUAACACAACGACCAACAUUACAAGCAAAAUCACUCUCUUUUGGCAGCAGUGAAUAAGUGUAAACACAAAUCAAACCAAUUCAAAUCACGGUGGUCUGGCAUCUCUGGCAGCAGGGUUGCCCCCGAUCAAUCGACGUUCAUUGCGCGCGACAACUGUCAAUCGCUUCUCCGGAAUCCAGCGAGAUUUGUUUUGUUUCGGCUGCCGCUGUUUAAGUUGAAGGAUUGGCCACCGGGAACGCAGCCAUGGUGCAGAAUUGCGUGCUGUGCCGCUCCAGCGAGAGGGACGAGUUGAUCUUCGGCACUGUGCACGUGCAGGACAACAUAAUGGUGCACCGCAACUGCUUGUACCUCAGCUCGAAUCUCGUACAGCGCGGCAACAAGCGCUUGGGCAUACUGAACUUCCUCAAGGAGGACAUCGAAGAGGAGGCCAAGCGCUGCCGCACACUAAUGUGCUACUACUGCCGCCGCCCGGGGGCCAACAUUGGGUGCUGCAAGUCGAGCUGCCGCCGCACCUUUCACACCAAAUGCGGCAUCGACAAUUUGGCCCAGAACCAGUUCAGCGACACGUACAAGUCGUACUGCCAUCAGCAUGUGCUGAUGCAUCGCCGUCGUCCGGCGCUCAUUAAGGAGCAGGAAUGUGUCAUAUGCGCGGAAGCCCUGAUCGGCGAGGGCGAGCGCUUCAGCGUGGUCACCUGUAUCUUCGCGCCGUGCUGCCGCAAUGGAUGGUUUCACCGUAAGUGCCUGCAACGCUACGCUAACUCGGCGGGCUACUUCUUCAAAUGCCCGCUGUGCAACAACUUGGAGGUGUUCCGCAAGGUGGCUAUGAUGGGCAUCUCGGUGCUAAACCAAGACGCCACCUGGGAGACGGAGCCGAACGCCUUUGCAGAUCAGUUUCGUCGCGAUGUCAUUUGCACGGCCGCGACGUGCGUUGCGGUGUCUGGUCGUGAUGACACCUCCGCCAUGCUGCUGUACUGCAACAAUUGCGGCGCCAAUCCGUCGCAUUUCCUUUGCACGGUCCAGAAUUCCGAAACCUACGUGUGCCAUGUUUGCGCAGCUGUCUUGCCAAGCCCAGUUCCCUAUGUCGAUUCGGACUCGGAUGACGGCGACUCAAUAGACGAAACCGACUUUCAGGCAGCCGUCGCAGAUUUAGGAGCGAACGAACAGGGUGAUCUUAUACACCUUAAGCUCUCCGCCUCCCUUUGGGAUGAUAGCAACUCCUCCGACGAUGACGACGAUUCCGUCUUUAAGCGCGCAGUCGACAACAAGGUUGUGGAGACCAACUCCGAUGACAAACCAUCAACUUCUGCGGCGGCACGCGCUUUAUCCGCCCGCACCCGUUCUUCGCUAGCAGCAGCCGGAUCAUCGCCCGGUUCCCGCGCAACUGCUGCGCCAACUCGUGGAACCCGCACAACAGUUGAAUCACCGCGUGGAUCGCAAGCAACCACUCUAAUCUCACGCACAACACGCACCUCGGUCGCAAUGCCGCCUCGCGCUACUACUACAACUGCUGGAUCAUCAUCCAGACCGACACUCGACAACCAGGAAAACACUGAGCCGUCCACAUCGAACGUGCGUCGUUCCCUGCGCCCUAGACGCACCAUGCCGGCCAGAAUCGCAGUGAACAAGGAGUCGGAUAGCGAGGAUAGCGAUGACGAGCCUGAGGCGAAGAGGCGCCGCCUUUCGCCCACCGCUUCUGAGUCGUUGACGAACAGACGUCUAUUGCGCUCCAUCUCGCCGGAGCCGAGCACUCCACCUCGACGCACCUUGCGUCGCCGCACUUUGGCCAACUUGCACCCCACAUACACCAACAUGGAUGUAUCCUGUGUGGCCAACAGGACCCGCAACCGCUUGCCCACCCACUUGGCCACCCGCAAGGAUUAGGAGAACAGACGACAUUACGACAGAUGACACUUGCACAUUCCAUGUACAGCACAUCGACUAGGCUGUGGACCAAAUGCGUGCGUUUGGUGCGCAGCUGCUUCCUAUUGUAGUUAUAUUCUUCAGCAUGUGAGAAGCGUCUCUUGUGAACAUAUUCCAUUAAAUACCUGUUCUCCUACCUUCA